UGUCGGGAAGUUGCAGGGAGGAGAAAGAGGGGAGUGAGUUUGGUUAUCCCUGCUCGGCUACGACAAAGGGAACGACACGAAUAGAACUGCGAUGUCCUAUCUCUCCGUCUAUCUCACUUCGUCUCUUCCGCCCCAACUCAACUUCUCGUCCGCCGCUCGCCGGCAAUCCUCUUCUCGUCUCUCCUCGCGCCACCGGUAUAUAUAGCUACUUCCCCUCGUCGGCAUCGCUGGAGAUAGCGAGUGUUGGAGAGGAAAUCAUGGAAGAGAGACGCACCGAAGUGAUGCAGCGGUUUCAUUCCUCCUCCGCCGCCACCGCCACCGCCACCGCCACUGCUGCUGCCGCAAGUUCUCCUCCUUCGUAUUCACCUUCGUUCAUUCCGAGGCCUCCGGGCCCUUUGGAUCUCCCCAAUUUCGGCCCGCCUUUCCGCCAGUUCACUCCCGACUCAGUCGCAGCCAAACGACCGGGCAUUCCUCCGAUCCCUCCCUCUCCGACUUCCUCCUCAACGGCGGCGUUUCCGUUUCACUCACGAUCUCUUUCUCAACCCCUCGCCUUUGACUCCUUGCCCCACCUCUCCCCCUCUCCUGCUCCUCCGCCACCUUUGCUUGUUGACCCUAUGAUGAUCGAUGACCGGAAGCCUUCCUCUCGUACACCGACAUCCCGCGAUGGCCUACCCCCUCGCCGCUCGCACCGGCGCUCCCACAGCGACGUCCCCUACGGCCUCCCCCUACCGUCGCCUCCGGCACCGCGGCCCAUGUCCUCCUCGAAGCAAGUGGAGAGCAGCGACGCGGAGGACGAUUUGAUAUUCGCGUACAUGGACAACCUGGACACGUUAAACUCCUCGGGUACGGAGGACAGGCAAGAGGAUCUGGUGGAGUGCAGCAGGCUCAGCGGCACGAGAACCAGCGGCGCAGACAGCAGCGAGAACGAGGCGGAGAGUAGCGUCAAUGAGAGCGGAGGCGAUGGCCGUCGCGGUAGAGUGAGGAAGGAAGGGAACAAGAGAAGCGCGGCAGCGGAUCUGACGCCAACGAACUCACGGCAUCGCAGGAGCAUUUCCGUGGAUAGUUUCAUGGGAAAGCUGCAUUUUGGCGACGACACGCCCAAGUUUCCACCUUCACCUGGAAAUCAAAUUGGACAGCUUUCGCGUAGUGGCUCAAUGGACGAGACAAUGAAUACGUUCAGCUUAGAGUUAGGCAAUGACGAGUUCAACGCUGCUGAAGUGAAGAAAAUCAUGGCAGAUGAAAAGCUUGCAGAAAUGGCAUUAGCUGAUCCUAAAAAAGUGAAGCGGAUUCUGGCCAACCGUCUUUCAGCUGCACGUUCUAAGGAGCGAAAAAUGCGAUACAUGUCUGAAUUGGAACACAAGGUGCAGAUCUUGCAAACUGAGGCUACUACGUUAUCAGCACAAUUGACCAUGUUACAGAGGGACUCAGCUGGACUUACAAAUCAAAACAAUGAGUUGAAAUUCCGUCUUCAAGCCAUGGAGCAGCAAGCACAUCUGAAAGAUGCCCUCAACGAGCAACUGAGUGCCGAAGUCCAACGUCUGAAACUUGCAACUGGAGAGAUCAGCGAGGCUCAGCUCUCAAAGAACAUGAAUCAGCAAAUGCAACUGAGUCCUCAAAUGUUCCAGUUGCAUCAAUUACAAUCGCAACAGCACUCGCAGCAGAAACAGCAAAUUGCACAGGCGCCUCUUUGCCAACAGCCGCAGCCGCAACAGCAACGAGCUCAAAACAACGGCCCCACUAAGUUAGAAUCAAGCAGAUGCUAAAGGUGCCCUGUCUUGAGAUAUAUUAAGAUAGUAUCUCGUUACCUGAUACAUAUUUAGCGACUUUGGAACGGUUUGACUACAAUUUUUAUGUAUUCUUUUAAACAUUAUAGCUUAAUCGUGAGUCCAUGGAUUGUGCCUAUUAAUAACAGAUUGUUUUGUACAUGAUAUGUUAUGCCUCUUGGACAAAGCUACUUAUGAGAAAGGAUUAUUGGUUAUGGAUUAA